AUGUCACAACGGCCCCCUCCCGAAAGGGCGGCGCAGAAUGCACAAACACUGAAGGCCUUGGUCAAACUCGAAGGAAACAAGGUUUGUGCAGACUGCAAAAGAAACAAACAUCCACGAUGGGCGAGUUGGAAUCUUGGAGUCUUUAUCUGCAUACGAUGCUCCGGCAUUCACCGAGGGAUGGGCACCCACAUCAGCCGCGUCAAGUCUGUCGACCUUGAUGCUUGGACCGACGAACAGUUGCAAAGUAUACUGAAAUGGGGCAAUUCUCGGGCGAACAAGUACUGGGAAGCAAAACUGGCACCAGGCCAUGUGCCGUCUGAGGCAAAGAUCGAGAACUUCAUCCGGACCAAGUAUGAAUCCAAGAGAUGGGUAAUGGAUGGUCCGAUGCCUGAUCCCUCCACCCUGGAUGAACACGGAGACGAUGAUAUGCCUCUCAACCUUGUUCAGGAGAAGGCCAAGAUUGAGAGAUCAGCUUCACAGUCACAACGACAAACGGCAGCCCAGCCACCACCACGGCCUCGUCAAGCAGCACCUGCAAACGUGGACCUCUUUGACGAUUUCGCCCCAACCCCGCCAGUCCGGCCAAGUACUACAGACAUUCCGACUCAGAGACCUACGCAGACUGGCCCGCCAGCGCCUGCACCAGCAGCGGCACCCAAAGCUGCUUCAAAGCCGCAGGACUCGCUGCUUGGACUUGAUUUCUUUGGCAACACCCCGUCGGCCGGGAUCGGUCGUCCUUCAAGUGCAGCAUCCAACCCUACACAGUCGACCAACUCACGUGGAGAUCUCAAGAGCUCGAUCCUGUCGUUAUAUGCCAGUGCACCAAAACCUCAGCCGGCUGCACAACCUCAGCAUAACCGAGAACCGUCGUUUGGUGGCAUGACGUCCCCUCCAGCGAAACAAGACGCUUUCGGUGGACUGGCCGACGCUUUUGGCGGAUUGAAUUUCAGCAGUGGCAAUGCAACGGCACCAGCACCCGCACCCGCCUCGUCAGCGCGACCGUCAUCGACGUUCUCAGCCUUCAGCAGUCUCCCCAGCUCGGUUCCUUCAAAGGCUACACCUGCGGCACCACAAAUCACUUCUCCACCUCCUCUGAGUGGUGGUAGUUUCUUCGAUACUGUACCGUCAAAGCCGCCAGCACCUAAACCGAACGUAACCUCGCCUCUACCAUCAAAUGGUUUGGAUUUUUCCUUCACGCAGAAGGUCACGUCUCCUCCACCAGCUCCAGCCGCAGCACCCAAACCGGCACCCUCAUCGAUUCCGGCCGACUUGUUUGCAGCUGAGGAGUUUGGUGGCUUUGCAAGCUCGGUCCCGACUUCGCCGCCUAAGCCAGCAUCGCCCAAGGUCACAUCCUCAGCAUCUGCCACAGCACCUAUUAGUUCCCCGUUCAACUUGUCCGCACAGCCAGCACCCGCGCCCAAGCCAGCGGAUCAGCCAUUCAAGGCCCCUACCAUUGCUCCGAGCAGUUCAGCAUUGUUUGAUCCGUGGGGUUCGGGUACUGACAGCAGCCCUUGGGGAGCACCUGAACCUGCACCUGCGAAGCCGGCUGCCCCCAAGGUCGACCUCGGAAGACCACCGGAACACAUUACGGCCAAUGACAUCUCAGGAGGGUGGGCCGAGCCUAUCUCAUCCGCCAGCAGUAAGCCUGCCCAUCAACCGACCGUGACCGCAGAUGAAGACUUUGGAGGUUGGACAUCCGCAGCGGGACCGGCAGCAGCAGCACCACCAGCGGCAGCAGCGCCUAAAGGGACAAGCAACGGCUUUGGUGCUGUACCCGAUGUAUUUGACAACCCCUGGGGAUGA